UGGUUGAAUGGCAACCCAACAACAACGAGCAGUAAACCGAUGAUGCCUGCCUGAUUGAUCGCCUACAACCACAAUGCAUGACUCCAUAUCAUACCCUGCAGGGAUUGCGCGCAGAAUUUUUUUAAAUUCCGGUCAAUCGGUCUGAAUACUUUACGUUCGACGUUGCAGGAAUCCAAAUAGGGGACGGAACUAGGACCAAAUGCUGCGGUGUCGUUUGGUGAUGUGUGCUGCAUGAAUCGCAUGGAUCAAAACUGGAUUGAGUCUUCAGGGAUUUAGCAGUUUGUCAUACUAUGCAGUCAUAGGCUAAUACAGAUGAGAACCGUUUUUUGGAUGUGGGUGUGUGGGCUUUUGGGUGUGUGGAAUCGCGGAGUCUUCCUCUCCUCUGCUCGGCAAUGAAAGCGCGCGAGGGUCGUGCUGUGACGGUUUCGUAAUUUACAUUUCAUUUGCAUUUGAGUAAUUUAGCAGAUGCUCUUAUCCAGAGCGAUGUACAGUAGUGAGUGGAUACAUUUUCAUAUUAAUUGUAAGGAUGUAACCAUCCAAGCAUCGACAAGGCUGCAAUGAGAUGCACAGGUGUACGACUUCUAGCACUGGAUGAGACGCUCAACUAAUGUAGCCUAGACGUCAAUAUGGGAGUGUCCCCCACAACAUCACAUUUUUUAUUUUCAUAAUUUUUUAAAAUAAAGUGUUUGGGCAACAUAUUCGCAACGUAAUAGAUGUUUGUAUGGCCAACUAUUGGAGUUGUGUAACGUUUUUAUUCCAUGGCCUAUAUAACAACAUUCGGCAACAUUUCUGCAUACAGAGCUUCAUGUUUGGAUUAUAAUUAAUUAAAACGAACUUCUCCUGGAAAUAUAUUAUCCACCAGAGUUGCGUUUGUUGUUAUCGUAUAUCUCCCAGGUGACUUUUCUUCCUAUUUCAUUGAUUUUAAGUGAUUUUCAGAGCAUUUUACCAUCUGCUGCCAAAUGUAUCCCAAGUCAUGAAUAGGCCUAUGCAUCACAUUUUCAAAAGUAUCCUGGACACACAUUUGUUCUACCAUAGUGGACUUUUAACUGGACACAUUUAAUUUACUUUAACGUCCUCUGAUUGUUACCUUACCUCUAGAAUUAACUCGUCACUGAUUUACCAGGCGUUUCAUAGACCUGCCGCUGAAGAAAACAUUGUAACAAUGUAACAAAUGUAACAAAAUUGUAAUAAGAACAAUAGCCUAAUUCUUAAAAAGGUUAGGGUCGAGUUGGCUUUCAUAAGAAACUUUGAGCAGGCACGUGUGUGGUCCUGUGCGUUGCUUUUUCUAUUAUUUUUUAUCUGAGAAAUAUCAUGUCCCGAUCUAACAGUGUUAGCCCGCCCGGAAUCGGUGCGCCUGGGCUGAGGGGAGGGACUGAACUGAGAUCAGCUUGGGGCGAGUCUGAGUCUAUUGCCAACGGAUGCCCAUACUCGGCUAGAUCUCCGAGCAAAAAGCUCGCCCGUUCGAACAGCAGAUGGACUGAAGGAGAUGAUGAUCCCGACCGACAGCCCAGACCAGGACGAGCCACGACAAUGGUUAGCAGGGUCAGUUUUAGGUCUAGAUCUGCGUGGCAAGAGCAUGGCACUGGAGAGGAGAGCCGUAACAACAACCGAUCGUCCCCUAAACACGCAGAUGGAGCCGGGGAAGUGAGACCCAAGUCUGUGGAGUUGGGCUUGGAGGACCGUAGAGUGAAGGGCACCAAACCCGAGGAGGAGGAACUCAUGUCUGAAGUACACUUUUCCAUGGUCGCGUGCUGCAGCAGCGCGAUGCAGAUUUUCAGAUCCAAGAAAUUCCAAUCGGAGAAGUUGGAGAGGCUUUACCAGCGUUACUUUUUCCGGCUCAACCAGAGCAGUUUGACCAUGCUCAUGGCCGUUUUGGUGCUCCUGUGCGCGGUUAUGCUGACAUUCCAUUGCGCGGGGGGAGGAUGCCGGAUAGCUUACGUUGUGGUCUUUUCUUUGGCCACCUUACUUAUCCUCAUCUUGAUGGUGGUGUGCAAUCGGAACGGGUUUCAUCAGGACCACAUGUGGAUAGUCUGCUAUGUGGUCAUUCUAGUCGUGCUGGUAUUACAAGUGAUUGGGGUCCUCCUCGUACAUCCGCAAAGUGCCUCUGAGGGAAUUUGGUGGACAGUGUUUUUUAUCCAUGUCAUUUACACGCUGCUCCCGGUUCGGAUGCGGGCUGCUGUUAUCACUGGAGUUAUACUGUCUGCCAUCCAUGUGGUCGGGUCUUGGAAGUUAAACGAAAAGGAUGCCUUUGUAUGGAAGCAGAUAGUGUCCAACGUCCUGAUCUUCUCAUGUACUAACAUCGUGGGCGUGUGUACCCACUACCCAGCCGAGGGCUCCCAGAGACAAGCAUUCCAGGAGACCAGGGAAUGCAUCCAGGCUCGCCUCCACUCACAGAGGGAGAAUCAGCAGCAGGUAAAGGUAAAGAGCAACCCAGCUCCGAGACCACUGAGGCAGCCCUGCACUGGGGACACAUCACCCGCGUCUCUCAUUACCGAGCGUAGCUACGCCCUGUCGGACACACCCAGCCCAGCUCCCUACAUACCCUCACUAGCCCACCCUUCCGUGGACACGACAGCCCAAGCUCCGAUCACCACUAUCCGAGCCCUGUCUGGGGACACACAGCCCAGCUCCGCUUUGUGUUGUCCUACAGGGCUGCCUACCAGUACGAUAUGA